CCAACGAUCUAUCUGUAAGGUUCAGGAGGCCCAACGACUUUGAACACUUGGCGCACAUACUAUAAAAUCUCUCUCUCGCGCAGACACUUCGUUUCCAUCGCCCCCUCCAAGGCUCCAACAGUCUCCGGAGCUUCCUAAGCUACCUCGCAAAGAAAAAACCGAAAACAUUUAUCUUGGUUUUAGCUUUAUAAACCCAAUCGCAUUUCUCGCUUUCAUUUCUGGCUACACUAUUCUCUUCGUCCCAUUCUUCUUCUUCUUCUGCGAUUUUAACCGUUCGGAGAAUCUUCGGAGCUGCCAUGGCUUCUUCUAUUAUCGGAUCCGACGUCGUUUCCUUCAGAUCCGCUGGAAUCUCCUCGAAACUCGGAGGUUCAAAUGACCGAAAAUUCGGUCUGUCCCGGCAAUGGUCUCCAAUUCCCGGAGGAGUCGGGUCGGGCCAGCUCCGGCCUUGCGCUGCCCUCCGCUGCGGAUCGAAGAGCUCGUUUUCGUCGUCCGGGGUGAGGGCACAGGUGGCCACAUUGGAACGAGCAAGCGCCGGAACAGUACAAAACGUGGAGGCUCCGGUGGUUGUUGUUACUGGAGCUUCUAGAGGUAUCGGGAGAGCGAUUGCGUUGUCAUUGGGAAAAGCCGGUUGUAAGGUCCUGGUUAAUUAUGCUAGGUCAUCGAAGGAAGCUGAGGAGGUCUCCAAAGAGAUCGAGGCCAGUGGUGGACAAGCCCUGAUUUUUGGAGGAGACGUUUCGAAAGAAGCCGAUGUUGAAUCAAUGAUUAAAACUGCGGUUGAUGCAUGGGGAACUGUUGAUAUAUUGGUAAACAAUGCAGGAAUUACCCGCGAUACUUUACUGAUGAGAAUGAAGAAAUCUCAGUGGCAGGAGGUUAUUGAUUUGAAUCUUACGGGUGUAUAUCUCUGUACGCAGGCGGCAGCUAAAGUUAUGAUGAAGAAGAGAAAGGGAAGGAUAAUCAAUAUAGCAUCAGUUGUUGGUCUGGUUGGAAACGUCGGUCAAGCCAACUACAGUGCUGCAAAAGCAGGGGUAAUCGGCCUGACAAAGACUGUUGCAAAGGAGUAUGCAAGCAGAAACAUCAAUGUUAAUGCUGUUGCCCCAGGAUUCAUUGCAUCUGACAUGACAGCUAAGCUAGGGGAAGACAUUGAGAAGAAAAUUUUGGAGACCAUCCCAUUAGGAAGGUAUGGCCAACCUGAAGAAGUUGCUGGGCUGGUGGAAUUCUUGGCCCUCAAUCCUGCGGCCAGUUACAUCACUGGACAGGUACUCACCAUUGAUGGAGGGAUGGUGAUGUAGGUCAAGCUGCCCAAUCAGAGCUUUGGAGCUUCAGAGUUCAGAUUAAGGGCACUGGAAUCACAAAAUUCAACUUCGUAUGAUAAUUUAUGUGGAAGCUUAUGUAAUUCAGCCUUUUGCUUGAGAUCCAACGGGAUAGGAUUCUCUCCAUUUCUUGAAAUGAAAUUAUUGAUGUGCUGUCA